AUGGACAAUUUCUAUGUUUUCAGUAUAGACAAGUCACACCCCCACAAUACAGUUUUGGGCAACCACAAUUCAAACAAUUACAAGUUAUUGAAAAGAUCGGAGGAAUUUCAGGAUGUUUAUGACCAUUUGACAAACAACGUACAGUCGCUUCAUUUGUUGGAGCCCAAAAAGUUGAACAAGAGGUUACCAAUCUUUCACCAGGAACUCGACUCAAGUAUUGACACAAGAGAUUCUGAACCACAAGCAGCUCAACAACAGUCGCCAUCUGAUAAAGCACACCAGAGAUUGGCCGAAGUUGCAUCCAAAUUAGAUAUACACGAUCCAGAGUUCUCCAAGCAAUGGCAUUUGCUCAACUUGCAAUACCCCGGCCAUGACAUCAAUGUUACUGGGUUAUGGCUUGAUGGUGUAUUUGGAGAAGGAAUCACCACUGCCAUCAUUGAUGAUGGCCUUGAUGCAGAAUCAGAGGAUUUAAAAGACAAUUUCAAUGCCAAGGGAUCAUGGGAUUUCAACGACAAUGGUAACAUCCCGUUACCAAGACUUUACGAUGACUAUCAUGGAACAAGAUGUGCUGGAGAAAUUGCAGCAGUGAAAAAUGACGUUUGUGGAGUGGGAGUCGCAUACAAGUCAAAGGUUGCAGGAAUAAGGAUUUUAUCUGGGGGAAUUACUGCAGCUGAAGAAGCAGCAGCAAUGGUGUUUGGACUCGAUACAAACGAUAUAUAUUCAUGCUCUUGGGGACCCACCGACAAUGGAAAAACGUUGAGCGAACCAGAGAAUAUUGUUAAACAAGCAAUGAUCAGAGGUAUCCAAGAGGGAAGAGACAAUAAGGGUGCCAUUUAUGUGUUUGCCUCGGGUAAUGGUGGAAGAUAUAGCGACUCUUGUAACUUUGAUGGUUACACAAACUCAAUUUACUCAAUCACCAUAGGUGCUAUCGACUAUAAAGGUGAGCAUCCCAUAUAUUCCGAAGCCUGCUCGGCUGUGAUGGUUGUCACGUACUCCUCCGGUUCAGGGGAACAUAUACACACCACUGACAUCAAGAAGAAAUGUAGUGCGCUUCAUGGAGGUACUUCCGCAGCUGCACCAAUUGCCAGUGGAAUUUAUUCAUUGAUUUUAGGUGCCAAUCCAAAUUUGACAUGGAGAGAUUUGCAAUAUAUCAAUGUGCUUAGUGCGACACCAGUGAAUGAGAACGAUGGCAAUUACCAAAAAACCGCAUUGGGAAGAUUGUAUUCACACAGGUAUGGUUACGGAAAGACCGAUGCAUACAAGAUGGUUGAGUUUGCCAAAACUUGGAAGAAUGUCAAGCCCCAAUCUUGGUACUACAGUGAUGUGGUUGAAGUCAACCAGAAAAUAUCACUUAAUCAUGGCAAUUCAAACCUGGGCAAGCGAGAUGGUGAAGGUGAUGAAACCCCCACCAAGUUGAUCAAGUCAACCGUCACGGUAACCAAGGACGACCUUGAGGUUAUGAAUGUUGAGAAGGUUGAGCAUAUUACUGUGAAGGUCAAUAUCAAUUCUUCCUUUAGAGGUAAAGUUGGUGUUCGUUUAGUUUCACCACUGGGUGUGGUUUCAGACUUGGCAACAUUUAGACCGGGCGAUAUGUCGAGCCGAGGAUUCCAAGAUUGGACUUUUAUGUCUGUUGCACAUUGGGGUGAGGAUGGAUUAGGUGAGUGGCAAAUUGAAGUGUUUGCAGAUGAUUCUAGACCUGAUUCGCUUGAUAUUGAGUUUAGAAAUUGGCAAUUUAGAAUCUUUGGUGUGUCUAUUGAUGCCGAUAAGGCAGAAAAGUAUGAAUUGCAAAAGGAUUAUGCACUUGUUAGAAGGGAAAGACUCGAGGAGAAGAAAGAAAAAGAGAAAGAAAAGGAAACUACAACUUCUUCUUCUUCUUCUUCUUCUAGUACUACUACCACCACUUCUUCGUCUUCAACCACGGAAACACCAACUCCAAGUACCACCAGUUCUUUGACAACCGAAAAACCUUCAUCUACGGAUACCACCUCUACCGAUGCGGGUUCCUUGUCGUCGCCUGUUACUACACCUACUGACCACAACGAGGAUCAAGUUGAAACAGGAGAGCCAGAUGAACCAAGCGAAGGUAAAAAUAGGGAAACUUCUGACCACACGGGGCAAUAUUUUAUGGCCUUGGCUAUUGUUGGUUUCAUUAUCAUCAUUUUGAUAAUGAAAUAUCACAAGUCGCCAACUUCCGGUCGUAGAAGACGUAGAAGAAAUAACGAAUUUGAGUUUGACAUUAUUCCUGGCGAAGAUUAUACCGACUCUGAGGAUGAAGGUGAUGAUGACGAUGACUCCGAUCUCGAAGGCAGUGGAAGACGUGCUCAACGUGACCAGAACCAGCAUCGUCGUGAUCAAGAUUCAUUGGAUUUAGGCCAACGGAAUGAUCUUGCUAGCGAUAAGAGCUACAAGAAAAAAGAUGAUGAGGCAAGAGAACGACUUUUUGAACAAUUCAAUGCAGAAACAUUGCCUGAUUAUGACGAUGAUAGAAUGUUUGAUAUUGGCGGAGAAGAAGAGGAGGACGAGGACGAGCAAGGUUCAGCGAACGAUGGUGAUGAUAGAUUGACAUCUUCAUCGCAGCUGAAGAAGAGUGACGUAAAGAAGGAAACUAUUUUUGAUAGCGAGGUUGAUGCAACAAUCAAUCUGGAGAGCGUGGAAAAUAAAGCAGACGAUGGACAUUCGGAAGAAGGAAAAUGA